AUGAAGCUGGGUUAUUCCAAGAUCAAUAUCAUCGACACCCACAAAUCAAAAUCUCUAGAUUUCUCCUCAGAUCUUCCAAUGUCGUUUCCCCAGACUACUCCAAACUCCAGUAGAUCAAAAAUCCAUUUAGAUCAGAUCAUUAAGACGAACACGGAUGCCACUGUAACCAAGGAGACGACUAAUAAAACCACUCAAGCUGAUAACUCUUCUUCUUCUUCUUCUUUGUCAUCGUCUUCUUCGUCUUCUCCGAGGAAACGAAAUGACGAUCAUGAUCAUCGCGAAGAAGUGGAAAAUGUUAACGGAGAUAUUGCAAGAAAAGCAGACAAGGCCGCGUUUGGUUCAUCAUCGAAUAACGCGGUGCUGGGAAGGAACAGCUCGGUGUCUAAUUCGAUGUCUGCGGUGAAGAGAGUGCUUUCGAUGAGAAGAUCUUCGUCGGUUUCGGAGAGGUACUGUCGGAUCCAUGACCAGUCGGUGACGUUAGCGUCGCCCAUUGACGAUGAAGAUGAUGAAUUAGAAGAAGACAAAACGAGAUCUGGAAAGAAGAAGAAGCACGGAGGAGGCAAGAUCCUUAAAGCCUGUAAGCGCCUCUUUGGACUUCGUUAA